UCGCGUCUCAGUGCUCGUGAUGUUUGCCUCUGCGUCUCGACCCACGCGCCGUCACUCGCCACGCGCCCGUCGACCGCGCAUGUGCUGCCGGUUGCCUCUCGGUGCCUAGCCGGUGUGCCGCGUUGCGUGGGCGCUUCGGCGCGUGUGCCCUCCGGUGGGGAGCUCCUCGGCCUGGUCGCCGGGCGAUAGAGCCCAGGCUCCUCCUCUUUCCUCCUUCCUCUCCUCCUCUUUCCUCCGUCCUCGUCCCUUUUUCGUUUCUCUGCUGAGCUUUCGUUCUUGCGCCUACAGUGUUCCUGGCUCUGGUCAGUGCCUGCUCUGGCGUUUCAGAUCCCUUGCGAUGGCGAUUUUUUGCUUGUCCUCCCGAUUGUUUUUUGUUUCAUCGUGUGAUAAGGGGCAGAGAAAGCGACUUAGAGCUUUCUCCCCUUUCCUUCCCUCCUGUAUCUCCGGGUUGCUUUGUGCUAUGGCGAUUUUCGUAUUCUUCCGAUUGCUUUUUGUUUGUUCGUGUGAUAAGGGGCAGACAAAGCGACUUAGAACUUUCUCCCCUUUCCUUUCCUCCUGUAUCUCCGGGUUGUUUUGUGCUACGGCGAUUUUAGAGCUUUCUCCUCUUUGCUUUCCUCCUGUAUCUCUGGGUUCUUUUGGGCUACGGCGAUUUUCAGAAAAAGGGAAGGUUGCCGGUUUUUUUGCCUGCACAUGAUUUUUUUAGUUAGUCGCUUUUUGCUCUGAGCGCUCGGUGGUUUCGUCCUCAUUGUAGACUCAUUCGUGUGCUUGCCCGCUCGGUAUCGAUUGGUGUUUGUUUGUUUGUGUGGUAAGCGGUAGAGAAGGCGGCCUAGAGCUUUCUCCCCUUUCCUUUCGUUCUAUAUCUUCGGGCUGUUUUGCGCUACGACGAUUCUGAGAUUCCCAUGGCUCUUUUCCCACGCCUCGGUGUGCGUAUUUCGCUUCUUUUCCCAUUAUUUCAACCAUCGCUUUUCGCCCUGCAGUGCAUCUUCCGUCUUUCCACGGCUUUUUGUGAUUUCUUUUAAAGAGAAAAAAGAAACAAGUGUUUGUUAGUCUUACGCAAAGAUUUGAUCCUCAUCGGUACAAGAUUGUUCCUGUGUGCAAUGGUGGAAAAGCCAGGAAAGUAAAGAAGAAGGUUUUUGAUCUGGUGCAGCUCUUUACACUGUUUGGCCUGCAGCAGGCUCGUCCCUGGAUUCAAAGCGUUAUCUUCGCUCUAUGCGCCGUUUGAUUCGCAUCUAAAUUGUCUCAAGAUUGAAGUCAGCUUUCCUGGUUUUUUACAGCUUGAAGCCCUUUGUGUUGUUUGAUCGACAAGCGACUAGCACUGACCUGGAUUUGCUAUUCUUGGUUUCCAACAUGCCAUUUGAUCUGUUCCCCACAUUGCACCCAAAAUCUAAGCACUGGGUAAUUUGUGCGCGUGCCUCGCGGAAAUGGGAGUACCGUGGUGGUACCGAUGAUGGACCAAUAGUGCAUGUGGACCUCGUUCUUGGAGACGAGAAGGGAAAUGCUAUCUAUGCUGAAAUACCCAGCUCUGAGAUAGACACUAAAAGUCCACUCAUCCAAGAGGGUGGCAUCUACAUCAUCAGCCGCUUUAGAGUAUCAAAAGCUAAAUCCCUCUACAGGCCAGUUGAUGGACCUUACAUGGUAGAAUUCACUUGCUACACAAAAAUAACUCCAGCAAAGGAUGUGCCACAGACAUUCCCAACACACAUCUACAAGCUUACUCCUUUUACUGACCUUCGAAGACAUAUCGGUGAGAAUAGAAAUUUUCUAGAUGUUCUUGGCAUAAUCACUGAAGUUUCUGACACACGCUCAGUGCAGCUUCCAAAUCAGCCAACGCCCACCCUAAACAGAAAUAUUGUCCUUAAGGACCUCAGCAAUCUUGAAAUUAGAUUAACUCUGUGGGGACAGCGAGCCGCUGAAUUCACAAUCGAUGCCAUUUACAAUGAAGAACAACCUGAGCCAAUUAUUAUUCUCGUUGUUGGUACUCUUAUGAAAAGCUAUUCAGGUGAAGAAUACCUGAGCGGAAAUACAGCAUGCCGCUGGUAUUUCAAUCCUGCAAUUCUGGAGGCUGAACACUUUUACACAGUCCUUCGCAACCAGCGCCUGCCAAUCAAACAUACCACUGCUUCUACAGACCAAACAGCGCCAAUGCGAACAUCACUUCCUCUUGAAGACAAGCAUCUCAAUGACUUACAAGCAAUGGAUCCAUAUGACUUUCCGGAUGGUGGAUGUCAAUGUACUAUUACUAUCACUCGCCUGGUGUUAACCACGCCAUGGUGGUUCCCAUCGUGCAAUAGAUGCAGUAGAGCCUGCAUACUAGAUGGUGAUGGUUAUAGGUGCAACACAUGCUCCUGCACAGGCUACCGCUUCAAACCCCUCCACCUCCACUGGACCACGAUGAAACACCAUCGAAGAAAACUGCACCCACGCAUGAUGUUGCUUCAUCUAAACACUCUAUUGCUCAGAAGAGGCUAUUCCAAGAUACAAUGGAUACUGCAAAGGAUAGUGGCGCUCCGAAGAAAACUAAAAAUGACACUUCCAAAGCAGCACCCAGCGCACCACUCUCCCUCGCAAUCUAGCAAAUUGCUUCCCAACAACCUACAAGUGGAGCCACAAAAGUGCCUGACCUCCAACCUCCUGAUGCUCAAAAAAACAAAUAGCGAAGGCAACCAAAACAACAGGCACAUUUUGAUCUUGAAGCACACCUUGUCUUUUGCCACACGAAACAGUCUAGUCUUGCUCCUUUUUUGUUGCAGCUUGCUUUUGGAACUGUGAAAGGCAGCCUCUUAGCGCGCUAGCCAUACCUCAGGAAAAAACAGUCUGCUCUACCCUUUUUUUUCCCCUUGCUGGAACUUGCUUUUGGAACUGCGGCACGCAACCUCUUAACGUGCCAACCACCGCUGGAAACACUAUUAGUAUACUUCCUAUAACAUCAUAUGUACAAAUAUAUCCUUCUAAGAUAGCAAAUGUAUGAAAAGAACUAGCCAUAACAAUUCGCUGUUGCCAUAGCCUCCUCAAACUACAUGUUAUGAACAAAAUAGCAUCAAGCUCCCCUAAUGUUGCUUAUAUAUAUCUCAGCAAUGUAUAUUUCAGCACCCAUUAACAACUGCAUGCCAAUACAACCAUUAUGAUCCCAGCUAACCAACAUAUACACAUAUCCAGCAGUAUCUCUAGCACUGUUGUCUCUUAGAUCCCUGCUGCAGUGCGUCAGCACUACCGUUACCUAUUUGGGAUAAAUGCAAAUUUUCUCUUGUAAUUCUCUUUCCUUCAGUUCAGGAGUCUACCAGUAUAUUUUUAACAAUGAUUCUUAGAUUAUUAAUUUUCACGAUACUUCCAUAUAGUAGUUUCUUCCACCACAUGAUAUCACAGUGCUCAUUUUCAAAUGCUCAAACAUUACACUAAUGUUAGAUAUGGUGCUUAUUUCUUAUCAUGUUGCAUAAUAGAAAUCAAUAGACACAGAAAGUGAUGUGUACAUGUACACCAUGCAUUCUCCUAGCUUCAUUAAGUACAUCCUAUAUUGUUCUUAUCAAGUGUACUUCUUGUUUUACAAAAUCUAUACCUCUUUUGUACCCUAUCAUUCACCAAUUUCAUACAGUAGUUCAAAACAUGUCUCUUUUUCCUACCUUACAAAAGAAAUCUGACACAUAAUGAUUCUUAGAUUAUUACUUUCCAUGCUGCUUCCACAUAGCAGUUUGUUCCACCACAUCAUAUCACAGUACGCAUUUUCAAAUGCUCAAACAUCACACUGAUCUUAAAUACGAUGCUUAUUUCUUGUCAUGUUGCAUAAUAGAACUCAAUACACAUACAAACUGAUGUCUAUGUGUACACCAUGCAUCCUCCCAGCUCGAUUAAAUACAUCCUAUAUUAUUCUUGCGAAGUGUGCUCCUUGUUUUACAAAAUCUUUACCUUUUUUGUGCGUUAUCAUUCACCAAUCUCAUGCACUAAUUCAAAAUAUGUCCCUUUUUCCUAGCUUUAAAAAGAAAUCUGACAAAUAAUGAUUACAUAACACAUAUCAGCUCUUUCUCUUCUAAACUUUCAAUUCAUCACUUGCUCCAUUGCCUGUUUCCUACAGGCUGUUGCCUGAUACUCCAAAAAAUUUCUCGUUGCACAGAAACGCUUUACACUGCUUGCACCACUCCUUUCACAUUGUGCCCACAUCGUUUGAGAUGCUUCUGAUAUAUCGUUUGCUCCUAUGGUGCUUGAACCUAUUUCACAUUCCUACACAAUACAUGUUCUAUAUUGUGCUUCAUAUAUGAAUUAUAUCUAACAUCCAUAUUGUAUUAGAUCCCUGUUGCAGUACAUUAAGUCUAGCAAUCAGCACUACUGUUACCUAUUUAACAUAAGUGCAAACUUCCGCUGGUAAUUUUCUUUGCUUCAUUUUAGUAGCCCACCGGUAUUUUUUUGACGAUGAUUCCCAGAUUAUUGAUCCUCAUGAUGCUUGCAUGUAGCACUUUAUUGCAUCAGAACAUAUCACAAUCCUCAUUUUCACAUAAUGAGACACCACACUGAUCUUAUAUGUAAUGCUUACUUCUCAUCAUGUUCUAUAAUCAAAAUCAAUAAACACACAACUUCAUGUGUAUAUGUACCGCAUGCAAUCUCUUGGCUUAACCAAGUGCAUCCUAUGUUCUUCUUAUAAAGUGUGCUCCCUGUUUUACAACAUCUUUACCCUUUUUGUGUGUGAUUUGAUUCACCUAUCUCAUCCACUACUCCAACACAUAUGCUUUUUCUCUACCUUAGGAAAAAAAAUAUGGCAGAUAAGACUUGCAUAACAAAUAUCAACUUUUUCUCUUCUACCCUUUUACUUCAUUACUUGCUGCAUUCCCUCUAUCCUAUAGACUGUCACCCGAUACUUCAAAAAAUUUGCCAUCGGAGAAAAACACUUUAUACUGCUUGCAUCACUGCUCUCACAUUGUGCCAACAGCAUCUCAGAUGCUUCUGAUGUCUGAUUUCCUCCUAUCAUGCUUAAGCCUAUUUCAUUUCCCUAUGCCAUACAUGUUCUAUAUUAUGCUUCAGUG